UGCUGGAACAUUCGGAGAGAUUUCUCUUGGAGAGGCCUGGGAAGGGGGUACCGGUCUGACCAUAUCAGGCUAGCGUGAGGCAUGUGUUGUCGUUCGGCCAGAAAGCCCAGCCUGCUCUCCGCCGGACCCCCCAGUCCCCUUUGCUGUCCCUGUACCAGGACAAUGGAGCCCCUUACCCAACUCCUGCUCCUCUGCAUAGCCCUGAUCUCGGCAGCCAAGGCCGAAGCCCCAAAGGAAAGAGAUCCAUUCACAUAUGACUACCAGUCCCUGAGGAUUGGAGGGCUAGUUUUUGCUGGCAUCCUCUUCAUCCUUGGCAUCCUCAUCAUUCUCAGCCGAAGAUGUCGCUGCAAAUUCAACCAGCAGCAGAAGUGAGUAAUGCCCUCCAUGUUCUCUCUUUGCCAAACCAUUCCCUCUGCUCUCCCUUUGGCUCUAUAUCCAUC